UGCCAAACGCACUAUAUGAAACCUUAACAUGCAAAUAACAUCAACCACAAAGGGUGCAAGGAGAAAAUGGAAACUUCCUGUUUGGCUUGCGAUCUGUUUCUCUGUUACACCGAAGGUUGAAUUUGCCAUACAAGCACGCCAUAUUGCCAAAACUAAAGGCAGAUCUGCCGUUUUUAACAGCACUUCCAUUGUGUGACUUAUAAUACAACAGAUGGAGAUUUUCAGGACAUCUGUGACCCUCUUAAGUCUCUGUCUCUUCCAUAGCACCCGAUCUGAAACACAGAGCAUGUGCAAAGGCAAUCUCCCACCGGUUAAGCAUGUGGCAGUGAACAGCAAUGUCAAUGUGCCCUGCCCUGUACUCAGUGCAACAGAAAUGGACUUCAAAUUAUUUAAAGGCCCAGACAUGGUCACCUCCAUUUCUAUCAAGAUAAAUGAUACAUCCAACAACAUAAAUAGCAAGAGCCCAGAUUUCCCUGCCAAUCUCAGUGUUAAUGUUAUGGAUAACAGUACCAGUUUCAUCCUGCUUGGUGUGACUACGAAUUUUACAGACCUGUACACCUGUGAGGCCGAGAUAAACUAUCCUCCUCCAUUUAAGAAAGUGCCAUACACACCACAAACUAUUGUGUUUGUUGAAGAGAGCCCAGUUAAAAGGCGUGAUCUCUGUCAACACGAGAGUCACCUGCUUUGGUGGGUCGUGUUUGGAGUCAUGGCCAUAUAUGGGCUGGUAAUGACUUGCAUCGUUUUCUUUUUGCGGAUCAAGUGCAGUCAAAUUGAUACUCCCUUCAAGGACAGAGAAUGCAGACGGAAAUGGCAGGGGGUUCAACAUCCAACCUGGCAGGGUUUUUACAUAGACACUGUAGUAUGAGCCUGUCUGACAACAUUCCACGAGACCUGCCCAAUAUGACCUGCCAUCUAAUCAGACAGCCUUGUUUUAAAAAGGGCACAUAGCAUUGGUGACAUCCUGAGAAAGAUCCAACUACAUUUGUUUUUUUAUUCAUUGUUUUAUACUUUCAUUUAUUACAUGUAGCUAAAAUAUUAUUAGCCUUGCUGGCAUGUCUGUGUUUUUUUAAACAUUUAUUUCAAAAUAAACAUAAUAGCCUACACCAAUCUCUUUCCUGUA